CCUUAAUGAGAUUUUUUUUUUUUUAAACCAGAGGAGGUCAGAGACCACAUGAAAUUAGAAGUUUCUUUCAUAUUAACAAAGCUCAGUUGCACACUAGAUGGUGAAUUUUCUUUUUAAUUAUAUAUUUUUUCUCUUUUGCUUUGUCUAAUAUUAAACCCCCAAAAUACAGUUCACUCACGCAGAUACACUUAAUAUAUGUGAAAGGACUUGAAAUAUUAAUGAGUGGGCGGAGUUUACUGCUGUUUGGCCAAUCAUCAGCGAUUCUAAAGCAAGCAUGGGUUGGUUUCCUUUUACAGUGUCCUUGUUUCACAUGCUGUUUUGAAGGCAUGAAUUCACACACACACACACACACACACACACACACACACACACACACACACACACACACACACUGGCAUACACACAGCUGCACUUGACAAUCUGCUGCAGGCUUGCCAGCCGGCCGGCCACUGAUUCAGAGCUGUGAAACAGAAACAAGAGUCUGUGAGUGAAAGGAGCUAGAAAAAGAAGCUGAAGAACCCUGAAGGGAGCAACUUUGGUUAAAGAGCAUGGAAUAAUCCUUGAAGAGCACCUGCCACUGGCUCAAUGAUUGGGUGAUACGGAUCCACGGCCUCGAAGUAACUGAAGAGAUCCAACUAAAACUUCUUCCAGCACUGUCUAUGGGUACGGAAUGACCUAUUGCACUGUCCACAGCCUCUCCGAACUCCCUCAUCACCCAUGAAACGCUUUAGCAGCCUGAGAGGGACCAAAAAACGCAAGGACCAAGAGGGGCGGACAGGGAGACGGCAGUCAGAGCCCCACGGCCUCCUGGGAACCACCUCUGGUAUCUCCUCAUCACCUACCACUCCAACACAACUGACCAAGCAGACUUCGGCGUUUCUUUUGGAAGCCAGUCGGAAUGACACCGUGCACCGUUCCUCCUCCUCCCCCCUCGACACGGGACAGCACUACAGCCUGCCUGCCGCAAAACCACCGCCCUGUCCCUGCUCAGCACCUAUAUCUACCUCACGUGCGGUCCACGGUUUAUCUGAAGACAUGCUGGAGAAACUCGAUCUCGAGGAUGAAGCUGUUGAACAAUCUGAGAGCGACAUUUACAUGCGGUUUAUGAAGUUACAUAAGUGCUAUGACAUCGUCCCUACCAGCUCCAAGCUUGUGGUCUUUGACACGACGCUGCAGGUAAAAAAGGCCUUUUUUGCCUUGGUAGCCAAUGGUGUCCGAGCCGCCCCUCUGUGGGAGACCAAGAAACAGAGUUUUGUGGGCAUGCUAACAAUCACAGACUUCAUCAACAUACUUCACAGAUACUACAAAUCACCCAUGGUACAAAUCUAUGAGCAUAAAAUUGAGAAAUUGAAAAAGCUCUAUCUACAGGAAACAUUUAAGCCUUUAGUGAACAUAUCUCCAGAUGCAAGCAUAUUUGAUGCUGUGUAUUCACUGAUCAAAAACAAGAUCCACCGGUUACCCGUCAUCGACCCUGUCAGUGGAAAUGCACUUUACAUUUUGACGCACAAACGGAUCCUGAAAUUCCUUCAGCUGUUUGUGUGUGAGAUGCCAAAGCCCGCCUUUAUGAAGCAGACACUGGAGGAGCUGAGCAUUGGGACCUACAGCAACAUUGCCUUCAUUCACCCCGACACGCCAAUCAUCAAAGCACUCAGCCUCUUUGUGGAGAGGAGAGUGUCAGCACUGCCUGUGGUGGAUGAGUCAGGAAAAGUUGUAGAUAUUUAUUCCAAAUUUGAUGUCAUUAAUCUUGCUGCUGAAAAGACGUACAACAACUUGGACAUUAGCGUGACGCAGGCACUGAUGCACAGGUCACAGUACUUUGAAGGGGUCAUGAAGUGCAACAGAUUUGAGACACUGGAAACGAUAGUAGAUCGGAUAGUCAAGGCUGAGGUGCACAGACUGGUGGUGGUUGAUGAGAACGGCAGCAUCGUGGGCAUCGUCUCUCUGUCGGACAUCCUCCAGGCACUUGUUCUCAACCCCGCAGGUAUGACCAGGAAGGACAGCGAUGCAGAGACGGAGUGAUGCUUGCGGAGAUUGCUGGGUCAUGUGACGUUGCUGUAAAGAGACUGAAGUGGAAGCGGAGACCACGAGUUUGGGCCACAUCUCAGAAUGAAAGAGUGGAACCAGGGAACUUGACCUACAGUAGAUGUGCGCUGUUAGAGAGCAAAGGAAGAGUUGUUUGGUCUGUUAUCUGAUUUCUAGAUGGACGUAUUGGCCGUAUGGGGCGAUUAAGGUGGAUCAUCUCUUAUUCAGAAGGAUACUGUGAACUCUGCCUAUUAUAUCACACUAAGCUUCUGCACGCACACUAUGAUAACUAUACCUUUAGCUAGACCUAAAAUUACGCCAUCUGGUGUUUGAGUAGUGGUCUGCACACAGACUACGGACUGUACCAUAAUCGCCUCUGUUGGAGGGGUUGUCUGUGCGUUAGCAGGGCAUUCAGUAAUAAUCUCAGUAUUCAGUGCAUGUUAUGACUGUUUGUUCCUCGUGUAUAUACGAUUUUCGGCUUGUGGUGUAUGAGCCAGUUCACUUAUUUGUACUUUUGACUACUCGUUUGGUCUUUCUCCACCACAGUCCCUUUGUAAAUGCAGACAGAAAUGGUUUCCUCUGUAUCUGUCUAUGGUGCCUUCUGUCCAGCAGUUAUCGCCCACUACUGGUUGCCAAUAGAACAAGAUUAAUUGAAUGUUUAAUUAAAUAUAUCAAAGUGAAUGUUACAGUUGUUUAAAAAACCAAAAGCCCCUUUUUGCUGUUUUAGUGUGUGUCACUGAUUUUAUUUAUUGCAGAGCUCUACGUUUCUUCACUUUGGGUGUUCAUUAUUUUCUUGAUGUUUUUGAAAUGAUGCUGUAAAGGAAAAUUAAAAUGUUUAUUUAUUUAUAUUUAACACUUUUGUAAUUUUAAAAGCGAUAUCUAAGUGUGAGAUGGAAAGAUCUAUGAAGCCCCUAUGCAGUAAAACCACGUGCUGAUCAGUGACUUGAUGUUCAAUGCAAUUCAACCUUAAUUCCCCACGUCUUUUUUUUUCCUGUCCAUGAGGAGACUGACCUCUUGUUUGUACUGUACACGCACGCAGAGCUUCUGUCUGAGGAAUAUACAAGUGCCAGAGAAAGGUCUAUUUUUCUGUGUGUUCGAUGUUUGUAAUACUUCACAUUUUUAGUUUUGGUCAUUUGUUUUGCAGAUAUGUUACUGUUGUUGUUAUGAAAGAGGAAUGUCCAGAGAUAAAUGCACAUCACUGGCAUGAGACUGCUAAAGGAUAAUCAUGCUUUAGAUUCGUUUUUUAUUUACAGUUAAAUAAAAAAGAAUAAACAAA